AUGCAUGCCUCGUGCGAACCAGGCACAUGGACAUGGACAAAGGAUCAGCAUCAAACUGCUGAGCUGCUGCACAGUCCGCGGCUGGAGGCGCCAGCCGCAAACAGCUCCUCCUCCCCCAGUGCUGACUUGCUGUUUAACAAGGCACGUCGCCGCCGAAGAGACCUCCUACCAGAGCGCAGCCUGCCGACUCAUUGUGCCCCGCUGGUCGUGGAGUACCGACGCUCCUACCGCGUGCUGAUUGUCACCGCCUUGCUGGUGAGCCUAGCGGCCAGCUUUGUGACCAUCAGCGCUGGCUUCCAGCUGGACGGCUCGCAGAGCUCGUUCUACACCUUCAGGAAGUGGUACACCGGCCUGAACGGCACCCUCGAGUUGGAGUUCAAGACGGAGCAGCCCAAUGGCCUGGUCCUCUACACCGAUGAUGGCGGCACCUAUGACUUCUUCGAGCUGAAACUUGUCGAGGGAGCGCUCCGCCUGCGCUACAACCUUGGCGGCGGUGCCCAGAUCAUCACCGUGGGCCGCGAGCUCCACGACGGGCACUGGCACAAGGUCCAGGUGCUGCGCAACGAUGACCAGACCUCGCUGAUUGUCGACGGCGUGUCGCAGCAGCGCUCCACCAAGGGCAAGGAGUUCCAGUUCGGAAAGUUUGCCAGCAACUCCGACGUCUAUGUGGGUGGCAUGCCCAACUGGUACAGCAGCAAGCUGGCGCUGCUGGCACUGCCCAGCGUAAUAUUCGAGCCGCGUUUCCGCGGCGCCAUCCGCAACCUGGUCUAUGCCGAUCAGCCUGGAGGCUCCACCAGGCGCCAAGAGAUCAAGCAGCCGCGUGACAUCAAGUGCGGCGAUGUGCCCUGUGAUCAUGGCGAGCUGCCUGCACGGGAGAGGCCUCUCAGGGGUGUUCGCGGCAACACAACGGAUGCCUGCGAACGGAACGAUCCCUGCCAGCAUGGCGGCAUCUGCAUAUCCACUGAUUCCGGUCCAAUUUGCGAGUGCCGAAACCUCGAGUACGAUGGCCAGUAUUGUGAGAAGGAGAAGGCGCCAUCGGAAGCAACGUUCCGCGGUACACAGUUCCUCUCGUACGACUUGGGCCAGACGGGCGCCGAGCCCAUUGUGAGUGCCCAGGAUGCCAUAUCCUUUUACUUUCGCACACGCCAGCCGAACGGCCUGCUCUUCUACACGGGACACGGCACCGACUAUCUGAAUUUGGCACUGCGCGAUGGCGGCGUCUCCCUGACCAUGGGCCUGGCCAAUGGCAAGCAGGAGAUGCACAUUAAGCCGUCGAAGGUGCGCUUCGAUGACCACCAGUGGCACAAGGUUACCGUUCAUCGUCGCAUACAGGAGAUCUCGUCCAUAACCAGCUUCUGUCGGCUGGUUACUGUCGUGGACGAUGUCUACACGGAUCACUCCCACAUCGCUGGCAAGUUUACGAUGCUGUCCUCCUCGCGCGUCUAUGUGGGGGGAGCCGUCAAUCCGAGAGCCCUGCUGGGCGCCCGUGUGCACAACAACUUUGUGGGCUGCCUGCGCAAGGUGGAGUUCUCGGCGGACACGCUCAAUCUCAACCUGAUUGAUCUGGCCAAGAGCGGCUCCAAGCUGAUCCAGGUGGCUGGCAAUCUGGAGUAUCAGUGUCCCAGUGGCGAUCCCCAGGAUCCUGUGACCUUUACGACCCGUGAAUCGCAUUUGGUGCUGCCGCCUUGGGAGACUGGCAAGCAGAGCUCCAUCAGCUUCAAGUUCCGCACCAAGGAGCCCAAUGGCAUCAUUGUCCUGGCCACCGGCUCCAAGCAGCCGCGCGCCAAGAACCCCGUGCUGAUUGCCAUUGAGCUGCUCAACGGACACAUCUACAUCCACCUGGACCUCGGCUCGGGCGCCUCCAAGAUCAGAGCCUCGCGUCGCCGCGUGGACGAUGGGGACUGGCACGACCUGAUUCUACGCCGGAACGGACGCGAUGCCAAGGUGAGCGUGGACGGGGUCUGGAACGAUUUCCGCACGCCCGGGGACGGAACCAUUCUCGAGCUGGACGGGCACAUGUAUCUGGGUGGUGUGGGGCCGGCGUACAAUAGUGUGGCCUGGCCGGCGGCCAUCUGGACGGCCACCCUGCGCCAAGGAUUCGUGGGCUGCUUGCGUGACCUGGUGCUGAGUGGCAAGGCAAUCGAUAUAGCCGCCUUUGCACGCGUUCAGGAUUCGGCCUCCGUCAAGCCGUCGUGCCAUGUGCAGGGGAAUGUGUGCACGGCCAAUCCCUGUCUGAACGGUGGCACCUGUCUUGAGGGCUGGAACCGCCCCAUCUGCGACUGCUCGUCGACACUCUACGGGGGACCCACAUGCGGCCGGGAGCUGGCCACCGUGGCCUUCAACGGCAGCCAGCACAUGACCGUCUGGCUGGGCAAUGGACAGGGAACCAAGACGCAGACCGAGGAGCUAGUCAUACGCUUUAAGACGUCUCGUCCGGCGGGUCUGCUGCUGCUAACCAGCGCGGAGUCCAACUCGCCGGACCGCCUGGAGAUCGCUCUUGUGGCGGGUAGAAUUCGUGCCAGCGUGCGGCUCAGUGAUAGGGAGAAGAAUCUCCUGGCUGGCCAGUCUGUGCUCAAUGACAAUAAUUGGCACACCAUCCGGUUCUCGCGCCGGGCAUCGAAUCUGCGGCUACAAGUCGACGGGGCUCCCCCCGUCAGGGCCGAAACGAUCCUGGGACGACACAGCACCAUGGAGAUACGUUCCAUUCAUCUGGGCGGUCUCUUCCAUGCCGAGGAGGAGAUCCAAAUGACCUCGACCAUGCCGAAUUUCGUGGGUCAAAUGCAGGGCUUUGUGUUUAACGGACAGCGUUAUUUGGACAUUGUGAAGAGCCUGGGACCGGAGUUGUCGGCUCUGCCGAGCGCCACCUUCAAGCUGACAGCCCGCUUUGUGAACUCGCCAGCCGGACAGCCCUACCACGCGGCCACCUUCCGCUCCAAGCACUCCUACGUGGGACUGGCCAUGCUCAAGGCCUACAACAGCAUCUCCAUUGACUUCCGCUUCAAGACGGUGGAGCCGAACGGACUGCUCGUCUUCAACGGGGGCCGCCGCAGCGACUUCGUGGCCGUGGAGCUGGUGAAUGGCCACAUCCACUACACUUUCGAUCUGGGCGAUGGCCCGGUGACCAUGAGGGACAAGUCGCGCAUCCACAUGAACGACAACCGCUGGCAUCAGGUCAGCAUUCGACGGCCUGGACCCAAGACCCACACGCUGACCGUGGAUGACUCCUUUGAGAUCAUCACCCUGACCGGCAAUAAUAUGCAUCUGGAGCUGGCCGGCAUCCUCUACAUUGGUGGCGUCUUCAAGGACAUGUACUCGAAGCUGCCCGCCUCCAUUUCAUCGCGUUCCGGCUUCGAGGGCUGCCUGUCCUCGCUGGAUCUGGGCGAUGCCUCGCCCUCGCUCACCAGCGAUGCGGUGGUGCCGAGCUCUUUGGUGGUCAGCGGCUGCGAGGGACCCACCAAGUGCAGCCAGAACGCCUGCGCCAAUCGGGGCGUGUGCGUGCAGCAGUGGAAUGCCUAUGCCUGCGAGUGCGACAUGACCUCCUACACAGGACCCACUUGCUACGAUGAAUCCAUUGCAUAUGAGUUUGGCAACAACAAGGGAAUGGUACAGUAUACCUAUCCCGAGAACGCCCAGGCAGACACCGAGGAGGACAACGUGGCGAUGGGAUUUAUAACCACCAAGCCGGAUGCAGUGCUGCUGCGCAUCGAGAGUGCCACCACACAGGACUACAUGGAGCUGGAGAUAGUCGAGGGCAACAUCUUCAUGGUGUACAACAUUGGCAGCGUGGAUCUGCCGCUGGGCGAGAUUGGCACCAAGGUCAACGACAACUCCUAUCACGUGGUGCGGUUCCAGCGCAAGGGAGGCAACGCCACUCUCCAGCUCGAUGACUACAAUGUGCAGGCACUGACUCCGCAGAGCCACCAUUCGACCGUUUUCAAUACCAUGUCCAAUGUCCAAGUCGGCGGCAAGUUCAGUCGCAACGGCCGCAAUCGCAUCGAGCGGCCGUUCGCUGGCGUCAUUGCCGGACUCUCGGUGAACAAGUUGCGCAUCUUGGAUUUGGCCGUUGAGCGCGAUCCACAUAUCACCAUUCGAGGAGACGUUCAAUUGGUAACUGGAGUAUUAGAUAGAAAUGAUCUGCAGAGAAUGCAGCAGACGCCGGCCAGCGGCUAUCCGGGCACCAUUGACGAUCUAAUAUUCUCGGGUGCCGGGUCCGGGUGUCGCGGCGACGACGAGGACGAGUGCACGCCACCCUUUGAGUCGGGCAGCGGCGAUGACCUCAUCACGCCCGUGUAUGUGCCACCCACCAAGCAGACAACCACCUCACAGCAGGGCGGCAAUCCGAGCAGCGGCAAUAAUGGCAAUGGGAGUGGCAGUGGCGGCAGCAACAACAACGGCACGGAACGGGCCUGCGAUGACGAGGACUGCGUGCACGGCUCUGGGGAUUACGGGGAGACCACGGAACAAUUCACGUCGACCAGCACGGCCAGAGGCGCAGAGUCCAACAAUGAGAUGGUUACAGCCACCACCACGGGACGCAGCGAUGUGACCACGGAGCAGCAGCAGCAGCAGCACGGCUCCAGCAGUGGCAGCACGCCCACCUACAUAACCACCCAAUCGAGUGGCGGAAGCAGCAGCAGCAGUAGCAGCAGCGGCAGCGGCAGCGGGGGAAGCAGCAGCAGUGCUCCGAGCCAGACGAGCACCACCAGCAGCGUGGGAUCCACCUCCUCGACGCAACGCGCCACAAGCAGCAGCACGAGCAGCAGCACCAGCACAACCAUCACGACAACGACGACAACCACGACGCAGGCCACGGCACCACCGGAGAUUAGGAGCACCGUCACGGAGCGAGAGACAACGCCCUUCGAUAUCUACAUUGCCGGCGGUGGCAUGGGUGGGGCUGGCAGGAACGAUCACGAUCGCAUGCAGCUGCCGGACGAGCAUCACCCGUUGCCACCGCUUCCGCCACCAUUGCCACCGCAGGAUCCUCCACCGUACGGACCCUAUGGCGGCACCACGUAUAAUACGAAUGUGAACAACUACCGGCCCAAGGCCAAGGGCGGCCGCAUCAACUCGAUCGAGGAGGAGCGCACGGCCAUGAUCAUCGGCAUUGUGGCCGGCAUACUCAUAGCCGUCGUUCUGGUCAUUCUCCUGGUGCUGUGGCUCAAGUCGAACGGGGAUCGCGGCUACAAGACGGAGAGCGAGAAGGCAGCCGCCUACGGAUCGCACAACCCGAACGCGGCGCUGCUGGGCAACACCAGCACCAAUGGAUCCUACCACCAACAGCGCCAGCACCAUCAGGGCGGAGCCGUAGGCCAGCAGCAGCUCCAUGGCCAGCAGCAAAUGCACAAUGGACACCAAGGCAACGGCAAUGGUGGCGGCGGGGGCGGAGGAGGAGGCGGUGGCGGCAUGAUGUCCAGCGGCAGCGGAUCUCUGGGCUACGGCAGCGAUGGCAGGCCACAGAUGGCUGGUCCCGUCCAGCCAAAGGCCAAAAAGCGCGACUCCAAGGACGUCAAGGAGUGGUAUGUGUAAGGUAAAAGAAAACAGGAAAAACGAAAGAGGAAAGAGGAGCUAGGAAUUAUCGUCAAAUUAGCAAUAAAAUGCAAUUAGUGCAAAGCGAGCCGAAAGUGAAAGUCCCCCCUAAGAAAAUAUACCAUACCCCACAUGUGUACCCAUAGAUGCAUACAACCAACCACAUAUACCUAUAUAUAUAUAUAUAUACACACACAUAUAUAAAUAUAAAUAUGUAUUUAUUUAGCAGCCUCAUAACGUUAAUUAAAUGCAGACUCAGUCAGAGGAGGAAGGUGGAGUGUGACAGGAGUGUACAAAUGAAUGGAAGGAUAAUAAGAGAUAGAUUCGGGUGGGUUAGGUCGGUUUUGUUGGCAAUAAUAAUACAUAAUGUUAGCAAGCAGAUAUACGAACAAUUAAGACGGCAGAUGGACAGAUACUUAAUACCAAACACAAGUCAACUUUAAAUUAUGCCUAAGAAAUUAUAGCUUCAAACUCAAGACUUGCUAAAAAGAUAUACAGCCACAGAGCCACAACCAUCAGCCAGCGUAUAAGCAUAUAUACCACACUAUAUAUAUAUAUAUAUUAUAUAUAUCACUACGUUAUGAUAAAUUAUGCCACUAGCCAAUCAAGUAAUUGUGUAAAAUAUUUCGCCACAAAAAGUACGCUACAAAACGUGUCAAGCAAACAAUUCAACUGCAACAAAUCUACUAGAAAAGCCACUAAACUAAACACUAAAAACAAUUUAGAAGAAAUUCAAUAUACAUAUGUAAAAGUAAUUACAAAAAUAUAUUUAUAUACAUACAAUACAAAUACAAUACAUACGUAUAGAGUACUUUAAUUAAAUGCAUUAAAUAAUGAGAUUCUGUAUGGGUUAUUUUCCUUUGCCUAGGGGCAGCGUGUAAAGUUACAAAAUGUGGUGCUGUAGAUGUGUUCCUCCCCUCCAGGAUCGGUUUGGUUCGCUUCGGUUCGGAUUGGAAUGGAGCGGGGGGAAUACAUUUACAAUAAUGAUAACGAUGAAUGCAAGAAUUUAAGCUACAGAUUGUUUGUUGAAUUGAAACCGGCUUUAAUUAGUUAAAUUGUAAAUGUGAAUCGAAUUCGAUUAACAAAAUGUUGAAAAUGCAAACAAGGAGAUUAGUAAUAAUAACAAAAAACAAAAAUGUGAAUCGAAAUCAAAAUCGAUUCACCAAAUGUGAAAAUGCAAAAUAUGGAGAUUAGUAUUAAUCGUAUUAGUAAUCGUACACAACAGUACAGUACACAACAAAUACACGAAUACUUAUACCCAGUAGAAACACUCGAUUUUGGUUGAUGCGUGCGGCGACUUUUUCGUUUUGCGUGCAGCAUUCGCGACUCGAUGCGACUUUGAGUUAGUCCCAACCAUUCCCAGACCCACAAAUAUAUACUUUUUAAUGUGUAUAUGUAUUUGAGACUAUAUAUUGCCAGCGACUUGUGUGCAAUAUGAACUCAGACAUAUCAAGUGACAAGACACCAGAACACAACACUUUCUAUUUCUAACACACUUACGACACACUCUAUGACACACACUUUGACACUGAAGCGAACCUACCUAGCUUUUUUACAACAACUGCUAUCAGAUGUGAGCGAAAGACAUUACUUUACUGAACAAAAACGAACAAGCAAACAAACAAACAAACAAUGAAACCGGAAAGAACAACCCAAGCAACAAUUUUACAGUAUUAAAAGCAGCUUUAAGCGUAUUUUUCGAGGCGGCAUACGUGACGUAUACACAAUCAGCAACAGCAGCAGCAGCCAGCACACAGACAUGCUUACACCCACACAGUUACUCUCACGGACAUACACACACACACACACACACAGACACAAGACAGUUAGGAGCGAAACUUCGUUUUUUGUUUUUAUUUUUAUUGUUUAUUGGUAACUGUAUCAUGUAUACCAUAGCAUACAUAUAUACUAUACUCGUAAUCACAUAUGUAUAUCGUUUUGAUGCUCUAUAUUAAACACUUAUUGCCACGAUAUUUAAGUAUGUAUACCAGUUAGUGUAUCAUUUUGGACUCUAUAUACAAGACAACCUAUAUACACUUACUUAUACACGCACACUAACACUCACACACACACUAUCAUUCACUCACUAGCGAAAUUACAUGGACAUUCAUAUAUUUCUCUCAAAAAUCUUAAUGUAAAGAAAAAAUUACUUAUACACGAACAAAUAUAUACACACACACUUAUAUA